CCACCUCAGCAUAUCUCAAUAGUAGAUUACUGCGAAUUGAGACACUGUAUAUCGAAUCCAAAUCGUGUGUCUCUAAGCAAGAAUACAGAUAGACACAUGAUUGUAGCUAAAGUGGUCACGUGAUUAUCUCGUACUGACGCUUUGACUAUAUAGCGCUUCUUUGAUUUUAGCUACUCAAUACGUCUGAUCAUUGCAGGGCCGCCGAGAGACCUUCCAUCCGCAUUCGCACCACCAGCAUCACCAGCACCGCAAACCUCUCCGAACAAUUCAAAACUUAGAUAAGAUGAUGCGAAACAUCAUUACUAAGUCCGCGCGAAAUGCUGCUCGAUCGACGCAGCAAUGGCAAGCACCUAUAACUCGCCCCGUUGCGCGAAGCUUUCUCCAACCACAACAGUUCUCUUCUGCGAUCACUUCACAGGCCAUCCGUUUCUACUCCGCCCACAGUGGUCUAUCACAAGAUGAAAUCCAAGGAAGGAUCUUGGACCUUCUAAAGAAUUUUGACAAAGUCAAGGACGCCUCAAAGCUCGCACCUAACUCUCACUUCUCGAACGACCUUGGUCUGGAUAGUCUUGACACUGUGGAGGUUGUGAUGGCCAUUGAAGAGGAAUUCAGUAUUGAGAUCCCAGACAAGGAAGCGGACGCGAUUCACAGCGUGGACAAGGCCGUUAGCUACAUUGCCGCUCAACCAGAUGCUCACUGAAAGAUGUGUCAAAUUAAAGUGCAGUCGUACCUUGAAUGGCGUGGAGGCCCUUAACCUACUGGUAUGAGGGUGUAUCGUGAAUAAUUCUGAGAUCAAACAUCCGCAUGUAUAAAACUCUGCGCGGAAUACUGGCUUGCUGUAUGUAUUAUCAUCUAGAGAGCAAUGAGAGUACUCUCCCUCUGCAGCACGCGCUUGGGCGACGAUGUGACCUUCAAAUCUGUAUUGCAUGACCUGGGCAGGGCGCGCGGUACCUACCUAGGUAGCGGGAUCUGAUGCCAAGACACAUUUUGACAAGCCGCUCG